AUGUCGAUGGGCAGCGACCCGACCUGGGUCAGUAAGAAGCCGCUGCGGCGGAUCGGAGGGAUGUCGGAUGCGCUCUCCAUCGCCGCCGAUCUAGGCUACUCGGUUGCUCCACCGCCUUCUCAGGAGGAAGUGCAGAACUUGUCGGCAUCUAGUGGCGAAAAGGGUGAUGACCUGAUCAAGGUAUUGAGAGAGCUGACAACUGUUCAAAGAAAAAUCGCGGAUCUUCAGGUCGAACUUCAAGGGCGAAAGGAUGAUAAGAAUGUAGCUCAUUUGACACACGUGAGUGAAAUGGAGAAGAAGAUAGAGACUUUAUCGAGGAUUACCACCAUAUUAAAAGAUGUCAUUCAGAAUAAGGACCGUAUUAUAGCUCGUCUUCAACAACCUUACUCACUUGAUUGCAUUCCUGUAGAGGCAGAGUAUCAGAAACAGUUUUCAGAAUUGCUUAUGAAAGCUGCAAGUGAUUAUGGCCCCUUGACAGCAUCUGUCUCCGAUUUCCAAUGGACUCAAAACUUCAGGGAGUCUCCUUCUGUGUGGGGGGAAAUGCUGAGGCCAAUUCCUGUUGCAUUAGCAUCAUGCACCCGGUUCUUCGAAGCCAUGUCAGCUAUGAGAGAAUCAUUUGCCACACUCCAGGAUCUCAGAGUAGGCCACUUAACUGCAUCUCUGCCUUCAACACCGGCAAAGGAUUCUCCUUCCCAAAUGACCCCUCGAGAUUUGGACCUUGUGACCCCUCCAGUUUGGAAAACUGAAUCGAGUCUGGAUGACUUGGCUAUCAAAAGCCUAGGAAAACAACAACAAGAGCUUCAUAGGCAAGCCGAUGAAAAGAUCGAAGCAGACCAAGUUGAUGCCUUGGACCAUCGGAGACUCUCAUGGCCGCCGUCAGUUAAACAGAAUGGUGUUUAG